CAACCAGCCGCUACUUUCAUGCAAGCCACCAAGUUGGGCAGAACCAACACUUUGCAGCUAAAGUCCCCUCACUCCAUUUCAAAGGCUUUUGGUUUGGAACCUGCUGGAGCUAAGCUUUCAUGCUCCCUUCAGACCGACCUUAAGGACUUAGCUCAAAAGUGUGUUGACGCAACCAAAAUUGCAGGAUUCGCCCUUGCCACCUCUGCUCUUGUUGUCUCUGGGGCAAGUGCUGAAGGUGUUCCAAAGCGGCUAACCUUCGACGAAAUCCAGAGCAAGACCUACCUGGAAGUGAAGGGGACUGGAACAGCAAACCAGUGUCCAACCAUUGAAGGUGGAGUGGACUCAUUUGCCUUUAAGGCAGGCAAAUACAACGCCAAGAAGUUAUGCCUUGAGCCCACUUCAUUCACAGUGAAGGCUGAGGGUGUGGCCAAGAACGCCCCACUAGAGUUCCAAAACACAAAGCUCAUGACACGUUUGACCUACACUCUUGAUGAGAUCGAGGGACCCUUUGAGGUGUCUCCCGAUGGCACAGUCAAGUUUGAGGAGAAAGAUGGCAUUGACUACGCAGCCGUGACGGUUCAGCUACCUGGUGGCGAACGUGUGCCCUUCCUCUUCACCAUCAAGCAGUUGGUGGCGUCAGGGAAGCCAGAGAGCUUUGGGGGGCAGUUUCUGGUGCCAUCAUACCGUGGAAGCUCUUUCUUGGACCCCAAGGGAAGGGGUGCUUCCACAGGUUAUGACAAUGCUGUUGCUUUGCCUGCUGGUGGAAGAGGAGAUGAGGAAGAACUUGCAAAGGAAAACAACAAAAGUGCCUCGUCAUCCACGGGAAAAAUCACCUUGAGUGUGACCAAGACCAAGCCUGAGACUGGUGAGGUUAUUGGUGUGUUCGAGAGUGUUCAGCCAUCUGACACUGAUCUGGGAGCAAAGGCCCCAAAGGAUGUCAAGAUCCAGGGCGUCUGGUACGCUCAACUUGAGUCAUAGAGUGUUUCUUUCAUGCUUUGUUUUGUGUUUUUUGUUGGCUCAGAUUUUGUUGUGACUCCAUCGUGUUGCUGCAUUAUCCCUUGACCCAACUUUCCUAGCACUACUCAGAGUACUGUCAUGGUUGUAUAUUAUUAUAUCGACCUCCAAUUACAAUGCUUAAAAUUUCAAGGUUUA